AUGGCUUCCAAUGGCCAUUUUCUCGCGAAUCUCCCAGUUCUCACUGGCAAGAACUUUAGCAGGUGGCAAGUUCAGAUGAAAGCCUUGUUUGGCUACCAAGAUUUAUCCGACAUCGUUGAGAAUGGUGGAACUACUGCGAAAGAAGCCUGGGACACGUUGAACAAAGCUUAUGCUGGUGCAGAUAAAGUCAAGAAAGUGCGCUUACAAACCCUGAAAAGACAGUUUGAACAACUGCAGAUGGAAAAGAGUGAAGGUAUUGGAAAUUUCUUCGGUAGAUUACAAGUUCUUGCUAAUUCAAUGAAAGGCUAUGGUGAGAAAUUCACUGAUCUAAUGUUGAUUGAAAAAGUAUUAAGAUCCUUGAAUCCAAAAUUCGACGACAUUGUGGUUGCUAUUGAGGAAUCAAAGGAUUUGGAAUCCAUAAGCAUUGAUGAAUUACAAGGUUCCCUCGAAGCCCAUGAGCAAAGAUUGCAAGAAAGGAAUAAUUGUAGUACAAAACUUGCUGAAACAGCUUUUCAGGCUCAACAAAACCUGAGGAACUCUGGAAAUGAAUCAUCUAGAGGAAAGAGAGGCAAAUUCAAGAACUUAAGAGGAAGAGGGAACUAUGGAUCAAGAGAGCAUUCAAAUAAGAAAAACUAUGGCAACCAAAGUUCCAAUAGAGGAGGACAUAAUGGAAAUCGAGGGAGAGGAGGAAAAAAGACAUGGGACAAGAAGAAUGCAGAUUGUUACAAUUGUGGAAAGAAGGGACACUAUGCUGUUGAUUGCUGGUACAAGAUAAAAAUCCUACUAAUGAGGCUCAAUGUGGCCCUAUACAAGUAG